CUCUUUAUAUAUAUAGUGAGACAUCAACACCUUUCCUCUCCAAACACACGCACACCAUUCACCUCUUCUCUUGUUUUCACCAUUCUAAAACAGAAAAAUGGGGGAUGAGUUGAUUCUAUUGGGUUAUGAUAUUAGUAUGUUUGCGAUGAGGGUCAGCAUCGCAUUGGAUGAGAAGGGUAUCGAGUAUGAGUACAGGGAGGAGAGCUUGGACAACAAAAGCCCGCUAUUGCUUGAGAUGAAUCCAGUUCACAAGAAGGUCCCGGUCUUGAUUCACAAUGGGAAACCCGUUUCUGAGUCGCUCAUCAUCCUUGAGUACAUAGACGAGGUGUGGAACGACAAGCCCCCGUUGCUGCCUUCUGAUCCUUACCAGAGAGCUCAAGCUAGAUUCUGGGCUGAUCUUAUUGACAAAAAGAUAUACAUUAAUGGUGGAAGAGUUGUCUGGUUUAGCAAAGGAGAGGAGCAAGAAGCAGGGAAGAAGGAACUGAUGGAUGGGCUGAAGCUGUUGGAAGCAGAGUUGGGAGAGAAGGUUUACUUUGGUGGUGACAAGUUUGGAUUUUUAGAUGUGGCCUUAAUCCCUUUCUACAAUUGUUUUGAUACCUUUGAGAGAUGUGGGAAGUUGAGGAUUGAAGAACACUGCCCCAAACUCAUUGCCUGGGCCAAGAGAUGCAUGGAGAAAGAGAGCGUCUCCAAGUCCUUCGCUAUGGCUCAUCCUUCCAAGAUUGAUGAGUAUGUCUUGAUGACGAGGAAGAAAUAUGGUAUCGAAUGAAUGAUCAGCAAUUAUAAUACACUAAUGAUACAGCGAUAAGUUUAUUACAGUUGUCUUAUAAUUGGUUUAGGCCUGUUUGAACUUUUUGAAUUGUUUUUCUUUGUUUUUUAGGAGAAAGAGAGAUAAUAAAAGUAUUACCGUGUGUUUCUUUUAACAUGUUUUUUUUAGAUUUGUAAUUGUAUUAAGAUAAAUAAAGAAAACAUUGUACUGUG